AUCAAGAGAAUUCAGAGUGAAUUUUGUGUUUGUAACAAAGUUUUGCCUUUUAAAGCUAUAAAUAGAGCCCCAGUGGGCUCCCCGGGAAGUCGUUUUGCAGUGGAUCGGGCUUCCCCGCGGUCCCGCCGCCCCAGCUGUCUGCUCUCGUCAGUCCCCGGCUCCAUCCGUCCCCAGGCACAGGGCGCAGUAAAUACUGCAAACCCUAGUCAUCGCUAAGAAUAAACCUUUCGACAACAACAGCCUCUGUCAACCUGAAUCACCCUGGGUUCUGGUUUGGGAAAAUGACCCAGCUAAUGACUUCAUGUUAGAUGCUCUAUAUAAGUCGAGGAAAAAAACAGGCGUUCGCAGACCGCACAGGCUGGAUUUAAUCAAAGCCGGGAAACGACCUCGGAAGGGAUUACGGUCGAGUGAGCACCGCAGUUAUGUCACAGCCAGCCCCUGUGAAAAAGAAGCGUCCUCCAGUGAAGGAAGAAGACCUCAAAGGAGCCAGAGGAAACCUUUCCAAAAACCAGGAAAUUAAAUCCAAAACCUACCAAGUGAUGAAGCAGUGUGAACAAAUGGGCUCUGCAGCACCCUCCAUAUUCAGCCGGGAUCGGACAGGGGCUGAAACAGUCUUCGAGAAACCGAAAGAAGAGCCAGCAAAGAGCGUCUUUGGCUGACAGCGGAGCUGGAUGUGUCUCACCCAGACGAUUGUUGUAACAUUUUCCCAAAUUUCUGCCCCUUUUACUAAAGUCACUGUAGAUCUAAGUAGCUAAUUUCUACUGUAAGGCACUAAAUAGGGAAUAGACUCACGUCAAAGGGUAC